GCCCUUCUCCAGGAAACUCGAACCAGCCAAUCACAGCGCACGCCUUGUGACAGUUUUCCGGAAGCCAGCACCUCAACCGCGUUACUAAACGACCUUCACUUCGAAUUAGACCUCCUGGUGUUUGAACGAGUCCUGCCGUUAUGAGCCCCACGGAGCAAGACUCUUCGGCUCCACCCAGCGUCGCCGACGUGGUGACUGCUGCUCAGCAUCAGCAACAGCCUCAACAAUCACAACAACCUCAACAACCGUCACCGGCGCAUGCCGGGUCUUCUGUCUUCGACACGACGCGCGGAGCCGGACCCGGCUCCGUUACCGGCGGUCGACCGCGAGUAGAAUCCUCCGAACACUUUGGUUUCCUGCACCACAACACGGACGAGGAUAUUUACGUGUUCGAGGAGCCACCCGAGGUUAAAGUGCUCGGUGGUCGCUUUGAGGAAUCCUGGCCCACGCGCUACGUCGAGUAUGACGUCGAGUUAAAGUAUAAGAACUUCAAGUGGAAGGUGGAGAUCCCCAAGUCCUCCAUCUCAAGUCUCUGGUUCUACAUCAAAAGCCGUCCGCACCUUCGUCACGCUCCGUCGUCAGUGGAAGUGCGCACUGAGCAUGGACUUGGAGAGUCGGGCGUCCCGGAUCACACGCCUGCAGCCAAUGAGUCUCGGUGGCCGCAGCUACGUAAACUCUUCUUAACGUCUGCGGACAAGUCCGUUGGCCCCGAGAUGGUCGCACUCGUGCAGCAAUUACUGGAAACGGUAGUGAAAGUGCCACGGUUGCUACGGUCUCCAUACGUGGCUGCACUAUUCCAAGUCAGCAACUCGACGUUUGACGACGAAAUGGGCCGAACUUCUGUCCGUGAAGGCUGGUUAAAGACACGCUUCUGGCUGAAAGGUAACCGCGAGAAUGUCCGUAUCAACCGCGCGUCGGUCUCUUGGGACAACGAGUGCUUCAACUGCAUGUGCGUGGUGAAGCGUGUCAACUUCCGUGCCAAACGUUUGCGUUGGGUGUCGCUCAAGACGUCGAGUAUUGCAAUUUUUGACUCCAUCGAGGACACGAUCGCUCGCAAGGCAUUCCUUUUCGACAGUAAAUUCAACAUCGAACGCGGUCUCGAAACUACAGGCUCCAGUACGACACUUCUAGUCUCGAACGCUACGUAUGUUCUUCAGAUGGAAGCAAAGUCCAAGCAGGCUUUGACAAAGUGGGCCAAUGAUAUCCGUCGAGUAGCAGAGGCUUCGAACUGGUCGCAGGCUCAUCGUGAUGGAUCAUUUGCGAUUCCUCGCAAUCCCGUACACAUGACCUCGUUCGCGCAAUGGUACGUGGAUGGCAGCGAUGCGUACGCAGCUAUUUAUCGCGCUAUCCAGUCGGCUACGAAGGAGAUUUUCAUUGCCGGGUGGUGGGUUUGUCCGACUAUCCAUCUCCUGCGUCCUGCGAAACUUUAUCCCGAGUCGAGACUUGAUCUUGCGCUGCAGAAGAAGGCAGAAGAGGGGGUACAAGUCUACGUCCUCAUGUACAAGGAAGUGUCUGUGGCGCUGACACUGAACAGCAUGUUCUCGAAGCAGGUGCUGAGCAAGUUACACAAGAAUGUUCACGUGUUGCGUGACCCCGACUUUUUGAUGAAGCAACUUGGGUUGUGGUCGCAUCACGAGAAGAUUGUGAGUGUUGAUCAGCGCGUUAGUUUCGUUGGUGGGCUGGAUCUCUGCUUUGGACGCUGGGAUACUCACGGACACGAGCUAUUCGAUGAGCCUGGCAAGCCAACAAACUUCGUGGGCAAGGAUUUCUCCAAUCCACGCGUGAAGGACUUCGUUGAAGUCGACCAUCCUGAUGAUGACAUGAUUGACCGCAAUGAAGUGCCACGUAUGCCAUGGCACGACUGCCACUGUCGCCUUGAGGGUCAACCAGCUCGCGAUGUAGCGCGUCACUUCAUACAACGUUGGAAUUACUCGGUGUCUACACGCAAGAAAUCACGCAAGCUGCACCACCUUGUGCCCAUGAAAGAUUAUCCAGUAACAAUCACCAACAAGCAUGGACCGAAGAAGUUGACUGAGCGGCUUCAGAAGGCUGUACAUGCUGUACGCGCUAUGCGUGGCAUAUCGAGAGGCCGCACAAACACUGACAACCGUGGAUUUAACAGUGAUCGACGGAUGGCGCGGAUGUUGAGCGGUCAAAAUGAAUCGGGGAAUGUGCCUAUUCUGCAAGACGAUCACGAAGACGUGAUGUUGGAUCUGCCUGUUGGAGAGGAUGAGAAUGACGAAGAGUUCGAGAAACACAAACAAGAAGUGGCUGCUCGAGGAUACCGUGUCAACACGCAGAUCCUACGCAGCUUGUCGCUGUGGUCAGGAGGUGUGACCACAGAACGCAGUAUCCAGAAUGCUUACAUCCGUCUCAUUGGAUCGGCACAACACUUUGUCUACAUUGAGAACCAGUUCUUUGUGUCUGGACUGGAAGGAGAUCACGGGGUCUCGAACCGUAUCGCUAAUGCACUGGUGGAAAGAAUUCGUCGCGCGUCGGAUAAUAACGAGAAGUUCCGCGUUAUUGUGCUGAUGCCGCUGCUGCCAGCAUUCCCCGGAAAGCCUGAUGACAAGGACGCCAGUAGUUUGCGAGGUGUGAUGCACUGGCAAUACCGUACAAUCUGUCGCGGCGAGCAUUCGAUCUACCAGCGUUUGUACCAGGAACUAGAGGAUGAUGAUCCGUUCAAGUACAUCGCCUUCUACGGUCUACGCAACCACAGUGUCCGUGAAGAUGCUCAAGCUCGGACUGAGGAGGUGUACAUCCACAGCAAGGUUAUGAUUGUGGACGACCGAAUUUGUAUCAUCGGUUCUGCUAAUAUCAACGAACGCAGUAUGUGCGGAGAUCGGGACUCGGAGAUCGCUGUGCUGGUGGAAGACCACGAAAUGGAAGAGGAGAUUGCCAUCGCUGACGGCACGUACAAUGUGGGCAAGUUCGCGCACUCGUUCCGUAUGAAGCUGUUCGAGGAGCAUUUCGGUGUGCAGCCUGGUACGCCGAAGUAUCAGAAGUACCAAGACCCGGUGAGCAAGGACGCCUGGUUCUCCAUGCAGGAACAGGCCAUGACAAACCACCAGAUCUACGACUCGGUGUUCGGCUGUCUGCCAUCCGACAGCGUGACGACCUUCGCGCAGAUCGACUCGCAUAUUCAGUCGGCUCAAGGUCUCGAUACGUCCGGCCGUGGUGCAGAUGAAGCAGUGGCUGCGGCAUUGGCUACCGACGCGACGGAUGCGACGAGUAAUGACGGGGAGGGACGACGAAUGUCCUCGAUGAGCGACCGAGUUAUGUCGCCUCAGAACAGUUCGAGAGGAACCAGCACGCGAGGGCGUAAGUCGGUGUUCAGUGGAGCCAUGAACGUCAACAUGAAGGAGAGCUCGCACAUCGCCCAGCAGAAGCACGAGCUGAGCAACGUGCAGGGCCACAUUGUGUACUUCCCUCUCAAGUUCCUGGUGGACGAGCAACUGGAGCCAAAGUUGUUCCCAGCCGAUCUUUUCCAGUAAUGAGGAUAAGUUUCAGUUUUACUUUUGUUUUUCACUCCGAGUGUGCUAUGGAACAAACGAUUAAAGAUAUGUUGUAUCGCUGGUUCCAUUUCCAACCAUCCAACCAAGAUUUCGGUCUACUGCCAAGAGAGCUGUCAACCUGACAGCGCUCGUCAUCCUGAACACCUCCACGGCACGAUGGAUUCUCGUGAGCAAAAUUUUGAUCUAUCCUUUGAUAUUACAUAGCCUGUCCGUAGCACAUCACAUUUAAACCCUGUAAUUUUUUCAC